UACGAGCAAACCAAGCAAAAAAAAGACAACAGUGGUGAGCGUUUCCAUACAAACUACUUAUACCUACUCGGCGUUCGCUUUUGAGGGGCCUAUUUAUCGCAUAUUUUUUCUUAUUGAAUGAAAAACUUCACGCUGGUGGCAGCAGCAAAUCGACGCGAUUACGUAUAUGCUGUUGGCUUGCUGCAAGUGCGGAAAAAAGUCCAUCGAUCGCGACGACGGCUGGAACGAAACGAGUUUCUUCAACUUCUGUUGGCGGGAGGCGCGAUGCAGAACCCAACAUUUCCGUUUCCCGCGGUCCCAAAUCCGGCGGUUAACGAGAAAUACCGUCGGAAGUACCGCCGGCUCAAGCGAGUUAUGAAAAAUCUAGUCUUUGAAAACGCUGCCCUUUGUGAUCACGUUGCUCAGAUCCAGGAAAACAUCCUGCUGGUCAAGGAGGAGCGACGGUAUCUUCUGAAGAAGCUGCUGGAGCACGAGAAUGAUAUGGAAACUCAGAUGGGAAGGCCAUGUAGCAAACUUAACGAAUUGAUAGCCAAUAGCUUACCUCCAAAACGACAGUACAAAAAGCGAGCAGUGCCAGAUGGUAAUGCAGCGGAUUCAACGCCGAAAACCAAGGGCCAAUCAAAGAAGGGUCGGUCCAACGCCAGUUCAACUAAUACGGAUAAGAAUGCCGCCACCAAGAAAAACAACGUUCCGUUCAAUCAAUCGGGCCAUCCCACCUAUCCGAUGACGGUGGCCGGUUUCACAAUCUAUAAUCUGGGGGAAAUUGUGCCCGACCGGUCCGGCUACAAUACCGAGUACACUAUUUACCCGGUUGGAUACACAGUAACCCGACCGUACGGUCAUCUAAAAGACCCCCUAAAAAAAUGCAUUUACACAUGCCGGGUUCUGGAUAACGGCGAUUCUCCGCGUUUUGAAAUCAUCCCGGAAAACGACACGGAACUGACCAUUACGGGGAAUUCGACCGAUGCGUGCCACGCCACCCUUCUUCAGUGUAUAAAUGCCUCCCUCGAUUGCCGCAACAUCGACGGGAGACCCUCCGGCGAUUGGUUCUUUGGACUGUCCCACCCGACCAUUUGCAGUCUGUUGCAGAGUUUCCCUAGUUCAAAACGUUGUCUCAAUUACAAGGGCAUCAAGAAGGAGAACUUUGCUAACAUGGACAAGGCAAACGAUCCGACGCUGAACUACGAGGCCCUGCAGCGGCACAUAACGAUUUCGGCGUACCAUACGAUGCCGGAGAUUAAGGAAGAACCGCCGGACGAACUGCUCGACCACUCGGAUGGGAACUCUUUCAGUUUGUCCUAGUGAACAUUGAGUGAACUGCUAGAAGAAAAUCAGAUCUGGUUUCUGGGUGAAUGUUGUGUGUCCUGAGUGUGAUUGAGGUACUUUAAUAAAGGGAUAUCUUUUAUGUGAAUUAAAAUGUA